AAAGCGUUUCUCCAAAUUAGAGAGUUAAACAACGACGUGAAACUUGACUUUGAGCAUUACAAAUGCACAAAUGGCAUCAAAACUAGCAAAAUUUGGCAAAUUUCAUUCAAGAAUCCCAUUGUGGAAACAGAAAGUUCCCAACUAUCCUUUGUAUCAGCAAGGUGGACCACAAAAUCGUAUAUUAUUAUGUUACUUUUGGAUGAAAUUGAUCAAACCACACCGAGAAGUUCCAAAAAACCAAGUUCAUUUUGAGGUUCACCCACAAAUGAGCAAGCAUGAUAUAAAGCAGUAUUUAGAGAAAAUAUACAAUGUUCCAGUGUUAAAAGUUGCUGUUAAUAAUGUAGAUGGAAAACCUGGAGUAUACAAACAAAAGCCAUAUGAAGAACCCAAGAAAAGGGCUUAUGUAACAUUGGCAGGUGGACAGACUUUUGAAUUCCCUGAUGUGUCACCUAUAAUGAGUCAGUAUGAAAAAGACAAAGAAGAAUUUGAAACAACAGAUAAAGCCUUCAUAAGACAACAACAGAAAUACUGGGACAGACUUAGUAUACCACCAUGGUUUAGAAGAUAAUAAAUAUAUUUAAAGUGAA